AUGGCAUCCCGCCACACAGCCGCGCGCCCCAAGCGCGCAGGCGAAGACUUCGCCCGCACCCAUCACCACGACACAGCAGACCCCGACUCGAAAAAAGUCAAGUUCGACGUCCGCAACCCCUCCGCCCUCGCCGCCGACGCGCGUGAGGAGGACGCCGUCCUCGAAGCCGACGUCAUUGGCGGUGGCGCGGCCACCAAGCGCGGCGCCGUCAACCUCGACGGCUACGACAGCGACUCGGACGGCGAGACGUUCAAUACGCGCGCCGACAAGCGGGCGCUUGGCAAGGGCGAGGCCAACAUUCUCGAGCAGCUGGACAAUUACGACUCGAAGAGCGCCGGCGGCGGAUCCAAGGGGGCCAACGCCAAUGCGGCAGACGACGAUGACGACGAUGACGACAUGUUUGCCGAGCCGGAGGACGCGCCAAAGGAGGCUGCUGGGGCGCCCGAGUCGACGGUCGAGGCGAAGAAGAAGGCAAAGGCUGUGCAUUUCUUGCAGGAUACCGAUAUAGAGGGGCAAGACAUGAAGAGCAAGAGCGGCGGACAGAUUCGCCUGGAUGACCAGGACUCAGACGACGACGAGGAAACGCGCGACAUGGCCAUGCAGGAGGAGGGUAUCGACGAAGAGGUCGGCCUCGGUGGCCUGAAGCGGAACGCGCCAAAAGUCGAGGCCUUCAACAUGAAGGACGAGCAAGAAGAAGGGCGUUUCGACGCGGACGGAAACUUCAUUCGCAAAGCGGUGGAUCCAGAUGCGCAACACGACAAAUGGCUCGACGGCGUCAGCAAGAAGGAGAUGAAGAAGGCGGCCGAGGCCCACGAGAGGCGCGAGGCCGAGGCGAGGCGGUUGCGAAUGGAGAACGACAGCUUGUUGACGACAGAUAUUCUGAAGAGUCUGAUUCUGAAGCUGGAUAAGGGCGAGACUGCACUGGAAGCACUCGCGAGGCUGGGCAAAGGACAAGCGAAACAGAAGAAAAUCCCGAAAUGGAAACUCAAAAAGCAGAAAGGAGGCGCGGCGGGCAUGGAUGUCGACCAGGAGGAGAAGGCCGAGGACCCUGAGCAGAAGAGGAUACGAGAGGCUAUUGCAGCCAUCACUGACGCGGCUGAUAAAUUGUUGAGCCGAGAUCGUGCUGAGAUCUACGACGAGGAACGAGAGGUCCUCCUCCGAGAGUGGCAGCGCGAAACCGGCGAGGAUUGGGUGGAGCCGACGCAAGAGGCAGAAUCGCAAGAGGGCAAGAUGUGGGAAUUCCGGUGGGUGGAUGGCCGCGAUGACGCGGACAAGCAAGGCCCAUUCGACAGCCAGACCAUGAAAGCAUGGCAAGAUGCUGGGUACUUCGGAGAAGGCGUCGAGUUCAGGCCGGCAGGCGAUGAGAAUGAAUGGAGCAGGGUCGCAGGCUUUGCGUAG